AUGCAUCCGCGUCGAAUAGCGCUAUAUCUGUAUUUCUGUGUACGCGGCAAUCCGACUAGUCGUAAAGCGAGGUUAAUGGCUGUUUUAAAACUGCUGUGCGCGUUAUUAUUGACGUCUAUUUUAUGUUUCGGCCUUAUUCUCAGUGAAGCAAAUGGACCUAGAGUUACUGACAAAGUGUUCUUCGAUAUUGAAGUCGAUCAUAAGCCACUUGGUCGAAUAAUUAUCGGAUUGUUUGGUAAAACAGUGCCUAAGACAGUUGAAAACUUCAAGCAAAUUGCAAUUGGCACUCAACUGAAGGAUGGUCGAACUGCUUCAUACAAAGGAAGCGGUUUUCAUCGUGUCAUUAAGUCAUUCAUGAUACAAGGUGGAGACUUCACAAACCACGAUGGGACUGGAGGUAAUCUUCGGGUUUAUUAAUUUUCCCAGGUUUUAGUAUAUAUGGUGAUAGGUUCCCUGAUGAAAACUUUAAAUUGAGACAUGUCGGAGCAGGGUGGUUGUCAAUGGCAAAUGCUGGUAAGUUUACUCGCUUAAAAUUACUGUUGCAGGUCCUGACUCAAAUGGAAGUCAGUUCUUCAUUACGACCGUAAAGACAUCAUGGUUAGAUGGAAAACAUGUUGUUUUCGGAAAGGUUGUAGAAGGAAUGAAUAUUGUUAGACAGAUUGAAAAUGAAACGACGGAUUCGAGAGAUAGACCUGUUAAGAGCAUCAAAAUAGCAAAUUGUGGACACAUUCCUGUGGAGACUCCGUUUUCGGUAACCAACGAUGAUGCUGUAGAAUAAACUAGUGUGAAUAAUCUCCUACUUUUUGUAUUUAUGUACAUUCGUAAAUAUAAUUUGGUCAAGUGGAU